GAUAAUUAUGAGUUUGUUUUCAUUUUGCAUUUGAUGAAACAUUUAUUGGGAAUAACCAAUGAAUUGUCCAUUUCCUUGCAAAAGAAAGAUCAAAAUAUUAUCCAAGCCAUAUCUUUGAUCCAAAGUGUGAAACAUCAGUUGCAAUGUUUUAGAGAUAAUGGAUGGGAAGACAUGCAUGAUCAAGCAACAAAGUUUUGUGAAUUGCAUAAUAUCUCACAAGUUGAUAUGGAUGAAAUCAUACCACGCCGUGGCUAUAAGAAGUAUGGAGCAGAGUUGAUCACGAAUUUGCAUCAUUAUCGUGUAGAGAUUUUUAAUCAGGUUGUUGAUUUAACUAUACAAGAGAUGAAUAAUCGAUUUUCUGAAGCUAGCACCGAGUUGCUAGGAUGCAUAUCAUGUCUUGAUCCAAGAAAUUCUUUCUCUCGAUUCAAUGAUGAUCAAGUAAUCCGUCUUGCUACUUUAUAUCACGAGGACUUCUCUGCAAAUGAGUGUUCACGUCUUCCACUUCAACUUAGUAAUUUUAUUGCUAAUGUACGAUGUGAUCCUCAAUUUGCUGCCUUAAGCAACUUAGGAGAUGUUGCUACGGAAAUGGUCAAAAGUGGUAAGCAUUUGGUUUUUCCGUUGGUUUAUCGGAUUAUUGAGUUGGCAUUGGUUUUACCUGUUGCUACUGCUUCUGUUGAGAGAGCAUUUUCUGCAAUGAAGACUAUCAAGACCGACUUGCGAAAUCGGAUGGGAGAUGAGUGGAUGAAUGAUAGUUUAAUUGUGUACAUUGAGAAGGACCUGUUUUCAACAAUUGAUAACGAAAAAAUCUUGCAACGCUUUCAAUCGAUGAGAACACGUAGAAUUCAGUUGCCACCGCUUUAGAUGUAAAACCGCAGCUAUGACAUGUUCUUUUUAUUAGAUAUAUUUUGGACUACUUCGU